UUUGUGUACUUUUAUUAAUGGGCUUAAUUUAUUAUUACGCCGGUGUGUGUCAAGUGUUGUGUGUUUUUGGCUUUAGUCGGAUACUGUGAUAAAUUUGUGAUGGAAAUGUAGGUUGUUAAAUUCGAUAAUUUAAUGAAACAGCAUUUUAAUUGUAUCAAUUCCCAAAUUGGCAAUCGUGUUCCCCUUUUGUGUCCUUUUUCUCAAUCACAAGAAGGUAGCGAAGUAAACAAUCUAGAAAAACAGACAGAGCCUUUUGGCUUUUAGUAUAUUGAACUUCUUUAUGACCAGGGAUAGCAAACUCUGUAACAAGGCAUCAGUUUACAGUUUGCAAAUUUUGUGCUUGAUUAUCAGCGGUAUUAUGUAUUUAAUAAAAAAUCCACUGUUUUUCCAGCCCUAGAUUUACAUUGUGGCUCGCUGCCUUUCUUUUUCUCACCAAAUAUAUAUGGUGCAUUUCUAUUUAGGUCCUGGAUGCACUUGGUUGUCCCUUGCAAUCUUAUUAGAACCUUCCAGCAAUGAAACCAAUAGCAAAUGGGGUUCCUAGAGCCCAGAGGCAGAAAGGCUUUCAGAGUGAGGGGCCUAAUUGGGUCCUUAUUGCAGGCGGUGCUUUGCUAAGUACAUUAUCAAUUAGGUUGGGUUACAAGCUGAAACAGGUGCUUGACAUGAAGCCACCGGACAAUACCAGCAACAGCUUGAAAGGGAGUGGAAAAUUUACAGGGAGAAAGAAAUCAGGGAGCUGCGGUUUGCAUUCAAAUGCAUAUUCUUUUCAUCAAGAUGGGAAUGCUUGCUGCAAUUGCCUUUCUGGAUCUGUGAAUGUGAUGGAGAUCAAACAGCAGCGCAAUGGCCAAGUUCUGUCAGAACCUGAAAUGGCAUUACCUCUUGUUAAAGUUUCUUCUUCUGAGUUCAGCAAAGAGAAUGGGGUAAUCUGGGCAUCAUCUCCUGACCGCCUUGAGCUUCCUCAGAAACCAUUCCACCAUUCUAACAGUUCUGAUUCACCUUGCGUCUCUGAAGCUGGUUCUGACAUUUUCAGUAAUCGAGAAGUGAUUCAGAAGCUGAGGCAACAGCUGAAGAGACGGGAUGACAUGAUAAUAGAGAUGCAAGAUCAGAUUGUAGAACUGCAGAAUUCCCUCAGCACUCAGCUAACACACUCUACCCAGCUGCAAGCACUGCUAGAUGCUGCAAACAGAGAUCUGUUUGACUCAGAGAGAGAAAUACAGAGGUUGAGGAAAGUAAUUGCAGAUCAUUGUGUGGGACAAGACAAUUGUGGUGAUAAGCCUACCUCUGCACCUGUUUGGCCUGCUGAACUAAGGAAUGGCCAUUUGAAUGAGUAUUCCGAAGUUGAGGGACAUUUGGAUUCGUUGGAGAAAGACAGAAACAGUGACAAAAUUGAAAUGCUGCGAAGGGAAGUUAAUGAGUUGAGGGAAGUUAUAGAUGGAAAAGACUACCUUUUGCAGAACUAUAAGGAGCAGAAGUCUGAGCUCUCCAUGAAAAUCAAGGAAUUGCAGCAAAGAUUGGAUUCUCACCUCCCAAAUAUUUUGUAGUGUGGCUGCUCUCUGUGUAUUCUUCUUUGGCUUCUUACUUAUGUUUUCUUGGUCUAAAUCGCUUGAAAAUCCCAAGUUUUGGUAAAGCAUCAUUUCUUUUUUCGUUUUUCGGUCGAUAAGCAGCAGUUCUUGUGUGGUUCGUGUGUAUAUGAUCUCAAGUUGAGAGUAGAGAGUUUUAGUUGAAGUUGGGAAACCGUUAGCGUAGUUGUUUUCAAUUGAAGCUUCACUUUGUAUUUGGCAGUAUCAAAAUGUCCAUUCUGCAUUCUGAAUUCUCAAGGCAUGAAAGUGAUCCAAUUCCACUUUAGUAGCUGAUGGAUUUCCAUUUCAAGCUUGAGAUCUCACAAUAUAUUAUGGUAUUUUGUUACAAUUCCAUAUGCAAAUGCUGUUUUAACUGACAAGUUGAUGUUCAUAAAUUUAUAGGAAUUUCUUGUAUCGCUUUCUUUCAAGUUA